CUCCCUCAGUCUUUAUCUCCUUGGCCUCUCUCUCCUUCGCCAUUUCUAUGUUUAGCAGAAUCGCCAUGACCAACUCUAUUGUUCUUCUUCUGUUUUCCUUAAUUUUCUUAGAACAUGGAUGGUUGUUUCAAAGGGUCUCCUCUCUUGGCAUAAACUACGGUCAAGUUGGCGACAAUCUUCCUCCACCGGACAAAGUUCUACAACUCUUGAGCUCACUCCAUAUCAAUAAGACAAGAAUCUACGACACAAACCCUCGAGUCUUAACCUCAUUCGCCAAUUCCAACAUCGAGAUCUUCGUUACCGUCGAAAAUGAAAUGCUUCCCAACUUAGUCGACCCUCAACAAGCUCUCCAGUGGGUUACUACCCGUAUAAAACCAUACUUUCCGGCCACCAAGAUCGGCGGUAUUGCCGUCGGAAACGAACUAUACACUGACGAUGACUCAAGCCUCAUAGGAUAUCUUGUGCCUGCAAUGACGAGCAUUCAUGGUGCUUUGGUCCAAACCGGGCUAGACAAGUACAUUCAAGUAUCGACACCAAAUUCACUAUCGGUCCUUCAAGAAUCUUACCCUCCCUCCGCCGGGUGUUUUAGGCCGGAAGUAGCCGGCGUAAUGACACAGCUAUUAAGUUUCUUGCGUAACACGAAAUCUCCUUUUUGGAUCAACGCUUACCCUUACUUCGCUUACAAGGAUUCGCCAACUAAGAUCCCAUUAGACUACGUCCUCUUCAACCCUAACCCUGGAAUGGUUGACCCUUACACAAAGUACCACUACGACAACAUGCUCUACGCUCAAGUGGACGCUGUGAUAUUUGCCAUGGCGAGGCUUGGCUAUAAAGAUAUUGAAGUUGGGGUCUCGGAGACAGGGUGGCCGUCUAAAGGUGAUGGAGAUGAGGUUGGAGCCACCCCGGCCAACGCAGCGGUUUAUAACAAGAAUCUUCUGAAGAGACAACUUCAGAGUGAAGGAACGCCAUUGAGACCAAACAUGAGUUUUGAUGUUUAUCUCUUCGCUCUCUUCAAUGAAGACCUCAAACCAGGACCAACCUCUGAGAGAAACUAUGGACUGUAUCAACCUGAUGAGACCAUGGCUUACAAUGUAGGUUUACUAUCAUCUUCAUCAUCAACAUCAUCAUCAUCUACUUCAAGUUCUAUUAUAUCCCUCACUUCCUCUGCCUCCACGGGUAUAAAGAAGGGAACGCAACAGUUGAUAUAUUGGACAUGCCUUUAUUUGUUGGCCAUUCAAAUGCUAAUUAGAAGACCGUACUAGAAGCAAAAGGAAAUUCAGAGAGAGCUUCUAUAAUAUAUUUGUAAAUAGAGAGAUCAGUCCACUAAUGCGGUUCAUUUUUUCAACGAGAAGAAUUAAACUAUUCUCAAAAGUGUCUCAGAUGAUUCUUUGAAGACAACACAAAUCAGAAAAUUAAUUAACUUGAGAAGUGGAUGUAGUACUACUGCAAAACGAAUCCAAUGUAUAAAAACAAAACAAAAAAACUGACGAUUCAUAUUAUAGAAAUGUAUUAGUAUUUGUCUUAUUAGUAAACGUGUGUAACUUAGUUUUCGUGUUGAUUCAUAACUG